UUGGUUUGAAUUUGAAUUUAAAGGAAAUGGACGAAGAAAAGCACUUCGAUUUUGCCCUCGGAGGAGAGCGAAAGCUUCCUCCGCGGGUGGACAUACUCAAUUUUUGUACGAGUCGGUUGGACGAAAUUAAAUCGAUGCGACAAGCGUUAAAAACUACAACCGCCGCGAAAUUGGUCUUCCAACAAUUGCCGAAGCACAUGCGUCGGAGGGUGAUGGCUCACAAUACCAAACGGUUGCCGAGACGCUUGCGACAGAGACAUCUGAGUCAACUUCAGAAGGCCGGAAUGCCAGUUCGUCAAAAGAGACCAUCUCGAAAGUAUCGACGGAGACCUCACAAUUUGUUGGCGGAGUAUGCCAACAGGCAGAGGCGAAUCAGGUGGUUGGAGACGCACAUAUGGCACGCAAAGCGAUUUCACAUGGUGGAACGGUGGGGCUGCAAACUGGCAUACAGACCAUGUGAUAAGGCAUUUCGAGCUUGCUAUAGGGCAACGGCGAAGCACUGCUUAGUGCAAGAUAUUUCGUAUUUCACCUGUAUAGAAGUUAAAGGUCCUAGUGCUGUACUGAUUGCUAAAUUAAAAGACAUCUCUCUGUUAAGUAACGGCUUGAGUGUUGGUGCAAAAGCUUACCUCAACGGUAAUCGAGAGGGCAGUGUAGUUUUGUGCGAUCAAGGUACACUUUUGGGAACUGUAUAUUUCCAUUGGAAACCCCUGGAGAAUGAUGAGCAGGUCGAGCGAAUCAUUUGGAUUUGGGUGCAUGCCGCUUAUUAUCCUGAUACACUCUGUUUAUUAACGAAAUGCUUCGAUUUAAAAGAAACCGGCAAGGACACGCUCGUUUACACCAACUCUAAUUCACAGAUACAGUUGAGCGAGCUGAAAAAUAGCUUAAAUAGAUUUAAAUUAACGGGACCUUUAUCUUGCGCCGUCCUGACUCGUUGCUUGAGACCUGUGAAAGAAUUUGGCCCUAAAUGGAUGCAAAAAUCAGGCAACUCGGAGGAAACUUUGUUACAAUACGAAUUUUGGGAAAAGCUGCAAAGCUCGGUAACGGCAGCUGAACUGCCGUCUCGUCACAUUCUGUGUUUGACUGUAGUCGAUCCCAGGUAUAACAUUCCCAAAACGCGAUUGAAGGCGGUUCUGCAAACAAAUCGGAUAUCCUUACCGUUAAGUGUACCACCGAAACUAGCCUGCGGACCUAUUUGGGAUGAUCAGGUGCGUUCGUAUGUCAAAGAGAAUAAGGUGUCAAAUGCGAAACUCGAUGAACUGAGAUCGGAGCUGUUGGUGCCUGGUACUGAGUUGAGAAAUGGGGAGGCCGUACCUGUGAUGCUAGUGCAAAAUCCGGGGAAUAAAACGGAUAAUUUAGGAUACGGCAGUGGUUGGGACUUGAUAGUACCGUCCGGUUGGGGAAAUUCUUUUUGGCAAGCGUUAAUCAUGUGGGGCGCACGCGCUGGCGGUCUACGCGAUUUUGAUAGUCUACGGUUCGAAAGCGGCGAUCUACCAUUCUUGGCGCCCGAUACUGAAGCCGGUCAGCUGGAAGAGAAACGCCGUUGCGAUCUAAGUAGGCAACGAUACUUUUCGUUGCCGCCCAACAAGCGCGCGAAUUAUACUAAACUGAACGUCGCCGAACCCUUCUGUUUUAAUUGGAGGACUUUGCUACAGGAAUGGGAUCCCAAUCGGGCGGAGUGUGGGAAGCUGACGGUUCUUAGAGACAAUAAGUCGCUAACACAAUUGCGGGAUGCUCUAAGGAAAACGGGAAGGGUCGCGUACGAUAUCGCUUCCAAUUACUUGAUACCUGUCAGGCUUAAAAUUGAGAAGAAGGGCACAGUAAGGCAGUUCGCCCAAAUUUGUUUACCGCUGCCGCAAGAUCUGCUUAAGUGCGGUCUUCCAUGCGAACCUUUAAAGGAGGAUCUAAAUCAAGCGCUUAGAAAGGACAAACGAGACGCUCAUCGGCGGCUUUUAAAAAAGCUGCGAAGGGAGAGGAUUAAAGCCCGAAAGGACGGCAAGGGUGUACAAUCGGUCAAUUUGGAUGCGAUUAAAGAAUAUCGCGAACAAAUGAAGGCGCUUUGGCUGCCAGUCGCCAGUCGUGGGCUUCGACGUUCGUGUUCGCGAGAGGUUAUGGGCUACGUAACAUUUGGAGAUUUUAGUUUUACUCAAGCGAGACAUUGUGGUGUCGGUUAUGUGACUAGUGGCGCAUUGAGAACAUUACUUGAUCAAAGAGUGAAGGAUAAAGUUUUAGUUCGAAAUAUUUCUUGUCGGAAAUUCCGUUUAGCUAAUAUAGAUAUCGUGGUGUAAUAAACAUUGGAAUUCAUUA